AUGGCGCAACUUUCUGAUGAGAAGCUCGUAACUGAACUUUCUGAUGAGAAGCUCGUAACUGAUGAGGUGCCGAGUUCCAGUUCACUCGGUCCCUCUGGAGGACAGCAGUCCUGCUCCUAUGACUUCGAGAGCAAAGUGCAGAGUGAAAAGACCACUGCAAGCUCGGAAGAAGGAGACGAGCAAUCUGAGCUUUCAGACUUCAAAAGUAAUGAAAAUAAGUUAAUUACAAAAUGGAUCAACGAACUUGAGGGUAAAGGAACUAACUCUGGACCGGACCUACCAGACAGUAAAAUUCAAACAGAAACCACUCCGUUAUCAGAUGAAGAGUUGAAUGCCCUGCAGUCUUUUUGCACUGUUAAGGUGAACUUGAUCCAUCAAAGAGCGGGCUCAAAGUUGAAGAAAAGCAGCAGACGUAAAAAGCUACAGUUCAGGGUGGAUGCAGAGGCUUCAGAGGGAGAUGCCUUAAAUUAUUCUGUCCCUGAGGAACUUUUGAAUAGAAUCUAUUUUAAAAACACGAAAGCAACACUCAAACAAAUGGCAACAGCUAAGCAACACAUUUCUUCUCAGUGCCCCCACUGUAAUAGCAAAAGAGCAGAACUGGCUCAAUCGGCCUUCCUCAAGCAAAAGAAGACUUUACUGGAGUCAUUUCUACUUCGAGAGAAAAUAGAUGAGCAUCUCCAUACCACAGACUUUCUCACCCGUGUGGGGGAAGCACAUCAGGGCCUGCCCAGGCUUUCAGAUGAUCCCAAAAUAAUCUGGAAAAGACUUAAUGAGAAAACUCAGAUCCAAUACUCUGGUUUUGAUAGGUCACAUACAAAGUAG